AUGCACAGGAUUCGCCAACAACCCGAUGAUGCACGUCAACUGUUCGAUGAAAUUCCUGAGAGAAAUGUAGUUACUUGGAAUGCGUUGAUCUCGAGUUAUACGCAUAAUAAUAGGUUCAGAGAAGCAAUUGAUGUGUUUAGGGAAAUGCUAGCUUUUGGGGCUAAACCAGAUGAGGUCACUAUGGUUGGCGUUUUAUCAGCUUGUUCUCAUUUAGGAGCUUUGAAUCAAGGGCAGUCGAUCCAUGAUUAUAUUGUGAGGAAUCGAUUGAGAAUGAAUGUGUACGUUGGUACUGCAUUGAUUGAUAUGUAUGCUAAAUGUGGAGACAUUGAUGAGGCAAAACAAGUGUUUGAUAUGGGAGUAAAAAAAAAAAAAAAAAAAAAAAAUUAUACAUGGAAUGUAUUGAUUUCGGGAUAUGCCAUGAAUGGAAAAGGCGAGGCUGCAUUGCAGGAUUUUGAUAGGAUGGUUGUAGAAGAGUUUAAGCCUGAUGAUGUUACUUUCAUGGGUGUUUUGUGCGCUUGCAAAACCGUUGAGGAAGGUAGAAGGCGGUUCUCAAGCAUGAUAAAUCAGUUUGGAUUGCAACCGAAGAUUGUGCAUUAUGGGUGCAUGAUUGAUCUAUUUGGACGUGGUGGAUUCUUGGAUGAAGCUAUGGAAAUGAUUCAUUCUAUGAAACUAAACCCAGAAGCAAUAAUAUGGAGGACACUAGUUCGUGCCUGUAGAUUUCAUGGAAGAGAAGAACUUGGUGAAUUUGCUCUCCGUAAGCUUCUGGAACUGGAACCAACGAACGGAGAAAAUUACGUGUUAAUAUCAAAUGUUCACACUCAAAGAAAGAAAUGGACUGAAGUUGGAGAAGUUAGGGAAUUGAUGGACAGCGGCUGA